CGCAAUGGCUCGUUGGUCUAGGGGUAUGAUUCUCGCUUUGGGUGCGAGAGGUCCCGGGUUCAAAUCCCGGACGAGCCCUUGGUUUUUAAGGCUCUGGGUUAGUGAUCAGAAGGUCGAGGGUUCAAGCCCCAGCACCACCCAGCUGCCACCGCUGGGCUCCCAGCUCCCCCUGCCCCAGGGGGGCCGCAUCAUGGCCGACCUCCAGCCUCCUAACGAGCUGAGAUAUACAAUGUAUAUGUGGCAAAUAAAUAACUAAAGGCUUCAAUACGCCCUGUAAAAAAAAAUAAAUAAUCAUCAUCGUACUAGCAUUAAAACUGGAUUGCUUUGACGUGAAUAUUCCCGCGUUCUGCAUUUCGAACACGCUCGUGCGUCUCCCAGCAGCAGCCAAUCAGAUCCUGCCAUGUUGGGAAAGUCUGACCAAUCACAGCUCACCCCACGGAGAAAAACUUGUGUGUUUUGUGUGGCUAAGCGGCAUUGUGUUGAUGCUGGGCAAGCUGGGACUGAGCUGUCACCGUUUGUUGGGGCGAAAACGUCGCGUUUGGUCCUAACAUGACUGAAAUGAGCGUGCUGAGUGACGCGAGCUGACUCUUCAGCCAUGUAACAUGCAGCAUGUUUGCCGGCGAGAGCAGUGCAGGAGGAAGUGCUGGACAAUAGAUCAGCGAGGUGUGUUUCCGUGUUUGCGCGUCAGUGUGCCAGGAGGAGGAGGAGGAGGAGGAUUCCCACUAACAACUUCUGGCGCGUGCUCUCUUUCACAUUCCUCCACUGUCAUACUUCACCUCAUCCAGAUAUCACUCUGAUAAAUACACGCUACUGUUCACUGCGGGGAGGGGGUGCUGUAUUAAUUAUGAUGAACUGGGAAAAACUCAGAGCCUAAGCAGGAGCUCAGUACCAGUGUAGACUCUGUCGUGUUGAUUGCAGCGCCUCAUGUUGUGAAGCGAUUUGCAUAAGGACUUCCGCCCCUGCCUGCCUUUGACUUGUGCACCGAGCGCCAAGCCGCUGAAGCGAUGCCGCACGCUGACACCCUCCGAGCCGGCACAACACCCUGCUGAUCCGUGCCAGAUGUGUCCUGGAAGGCCGUAAUGAUUUGGCUGUGUUCAGAGUGGAUUUGCAUGCACUGGAAGGACGGGAUGUGACAGUGUAACUCGUGGAGGCGGAUCUUCUUGACACCGUGUAUUCAGUUGACUAUCCUGAAGGGACUACACACGAUGUUCGCCUCCUCUCUGUGGAACUAUAGAGAUUAUUUGGUUUGAGGCCGGACUCUUUAAACCGCACUGGAUGCAUAGUAACCUGCUUUUUGGGGCUGUUUUUGUGCACCUGGCUGGAAGAGAUGUUCCUGAAAUGGCAAUUCUUCCUCAGUACUUCACACUUUUGUCUUUGGGACUUGACUUAGGAAGUAACUGAGGUGUUAGUUAAGAUAAUAGAGCGGCUUAAAAAAAAAAUAAUAAUAAUUUUUAUCAGACUAGCACACAAAUCUGUAAACAGGCUAGUCAUUAAUGCAAUGAUGUUUUUUUUUUUUUUUUGAAGAGUCAGUCUGGCGCAGUAUGAGCCAUUUUGGACCGAGUUUGGCUUCUUAAACAGGCUUUUAAUGUUAAAUACAGACUUCUCUGAGACCCAGAGAGACUCUGCAGGACAUUUUUAAUUAAAGUAGUUGUGUAUGUGUUGUUUUUCGAGCUAAUACACAGCGUUAGCGUCUAUGCGCUGGUGUUGUGACUGUGGUGUCUGGCCUCGCUUUGUGGGGAAUUAAGGCGACACUUUCCCCGACACUUUGGACAGCAACGCUGGCUUGAUUCUUCCAGAAAAUUCACUAAGCCCUGUUUUUUUUUGUGUGUGUGUGUGUGUGUCUGUGGGAGGAACAGAAAGCUUUUGGUCUUUCCAUCAUGUCUCACUUGUCUGGGUUAGCACUCGCUUUGCUACGUGGACUGCUCAUCUGUGCGCUUGUGGGAUUAGAGCUGAGCUUCUCAGGAGCUCUGGCUUCUCCAGACACCAGCAUCGUGUCACCUCCAGAUCCGUGUCUGACUGUGAUCCCACCCUGCAUGAACGAAGCUGAUCGUUUCAGCCUUGAGGCACUGCGGCACAUCCACAAGCAGCUGGAUGAUGACAACGAUGGCGGCAUCGAAGUCAAUGAGAGCGUGGAGUUCAUCAUCGAGGACAUGAAGCAGCAGCAAACGAACAAACACAGCAACCUGCACAGAGAGGACCAGCACAUUACUGUAGAGGAGCUGUGGAAAGGAUGGAAGACGUCUGAAGUUCAUAACUGGACGAUGGACGAUGCAGUCCAGUGGCUGAAAGAAUCGGUAGAGCUUCCACAGUACGAAACAAACUUCAGAGAGUUCAGAGUUAAUGGCAAUACGCUACCUCGAAUAGCGGCUAACGAACCUUCGUUUAUGUCAUCACAACUAAAGAUAUUAGAUCAACGACAUAAACAGAAAUUAAAUUUGAAGGCGCUGGAUGCUGUGCUGUUUGGACCACCAUUACGGCCACAGCAUAACUGGUUGAAAGACUUUGUCCUCAUGGUGUCCAUCAUCAUCGGGGUAGGAGGCUGCUGGUUCGCCUAUGUGCAGAACAAGUCCUCCAAAAUCCACAUCUCGCGCAUGAUGAAGGACCUGGAGAGCCUGCAGAGCGCUGAACAGAGCCUGAUGGAGCUGCAGAGCAGACUGGAGAAGGCACAAGAGGAGAAUCGCACGGUGGCAGUGGAGAAGCAGAACCUGGAGCAGAAGAUGCGAGAUGAGAUCAAUGGUGCAAAGAGGGAAGCUCACCGACUGCGAGAGCUCCGCGAGGGAGCCGAGUGCGAACUCAGCCGACUCAAAUACGCCGAGGAGGAACUGGUGCAGGUGCGUGUGGCAUUAAAGCGAGCAGAGAAGGAGUUACAGUCAGAGCGGUCAGUUCCCGAAGCCUUACAGAUGUGGCUGCAGCUCACACACGAGGUGGAGGUCCAAUACUACAACAUCAAAAAACAGAAUGCUGAGCUCCAGCUCACUGUUGCCAAGGAAGAGGCAGAGAAGAUAAAAAAGAAGAGAGGUUCUGUGUUUGGUACUCUGCAUGUAGCUCACAGUUCGUCACUGGAUGAGGUUGACCACAAAAUACUUGAAGCCAAGAAAGCCCUGUCUGAGGUGACAGCAUGUCUGCGUGAGCGUCUUCAUCGCUGGCAGCAGAUUGAAAGAUUGUGUGGGUUCCCUGUGGUGCAGAACUCAGGUCUGCCAAGCUUGAGUGCAUCACUCUACUCCGAGCACAGCUGGGUGGUGAUGCCACGUGUCUCACUGCCCCCGUACCCCAUUGCAGGGGGAGUGGACGACGUGGACGAGGACACGCCCCCCAUCGUCCCACAGUUUAACUCUCCACUGGCUCGUCCUCCUCUGCUGCGUAACAGCAGUUUGUGUCGCUCUCGGCGGAGUCUCCUUUCCCAUCAAGCUUCUCUUGUCUCGCCCGAUCCUGACCUGCUGUCUAUGGCCUCAGCACCAGGCGUCUACAGACCAGAGCCAGAUGACGAACACAUUUUUUUCAGCAUUGACACAAAAAGAGACUCUCAGGACACAUGUUCAGAUUCAGACUCUCUAAGUUCCUCCCUGGGAAGGAAGCAGUUUUCCAGCUCCUGCACUCAAGGAGCAGAAACGCCGCAGCGCAAGAUCUCCCGCGAUGAGCUCCUCUUGUUGGCUCAGGAAGCACAAGCCACUGCCUUGGAAGCCACCAUCUCGUCACCACCUCCAGCUUCAUCGACCGCUGACCCCACCUCAAUCCACAAGGGCUCACCUGACCUCACCCGUUCUGCUAUCCCAGAAUCACAGAGUUUGACCUUUCACCCUGCCACUAAGGUGGCAGCUUAUAACGGCAUGCUGGAGAAGUCAUACAGCUUGGGCCAGUUGUCUGCUGGCGGGACGCCCCCAGAGGGACGUUACACUUCCCUAAGCUCUCUAGACAUGGAUGGAAAGACAAGCAAAGAGGCCAAACAGCUCCUGUCUUCCUCCAGUCCCCCAGACUCCUGCGACAACCCUGAGAAAAAGCGCUCAAAAAUCAAGAGCUUAUUCAAGAAGAGCAAAAAGCAAUGAAGGAAAAGAGAGGAAAAUUAGACGAAGACAUGAAAAAGCCUUAAAACAAAUGAAAAAUGUAAUGGACUGUCAACCAGAUGCCAAAAUGUUUAGUUCUAUUUUUCUUUCUUUUUUAUAUUUUAUUUUUAUUAAAACAGAAUGUAGCUCCGUCUAGGUGCUAUCCUGGGUUGGAAGCGUUUAUAGUCCACUUGGACUGGCAUGUUGUCAUUCAAACAUCACAAAUGGUCAAAAAUCAAGGGUCAUUUUUGUCAUUUUAAAAUUGUUCACUUCUUUCUACAUUGUGGUUUUAGGGUUGACUGUGAGAGGUGGAUUAUCAUAAAGCACCAAACAAAUAUUAUACUAACAUAAGAUGUAAUACAAAUCCAAGUUAUUCAAAGAAUAACAUACCUUAUCAAAAAAUGUCAUCUCUACUGUAACUUACAUUAUAGGCCAUGUGAGUGGACAGCUGUUCCUUUGAGAAGCUUGUUUGUGUAAGUAAUAAACCAAUAAAAAGUCCUACAUUACAAAUUUAGUCAAAUUUCGAAAUGCUAAUGAUAUAAUUGAAAAUGCUGUAUAUAAUAUACAGGGCAUUGCAUAAAUAUUUGCCUGUCUUUUCCACAUUUUGUAGUGUUACAACUUGGAACUGACAUGGACGUAAUUAGGAUUACACCGAUCAGCCAUUACAUUAAAACCACCUGCCUAAUAGUGUGUAGGUCCCCAGUGUGCCACCAAAACAGCUCUGACUGCUUCCCCCAUCUGGGCUGUUGAUCUCGCCAACGCUAUCAGAGUUACCCUUGGCCUCUUGGGUGAUUCUUUGACUAUUGCCCUUCUUAACCACUUGCUGACAUUUGGUGGAUGACUUUCUUUAGGCAGAAUCGCAGUUGUGCUCUAUUGUAUCCAUUUUUUAAAUAAUGGACUUAAUGCUGCUUUGCAGGAUGCUCAAAGUUUGAGAUAACUAAUUUCACAGCAACAGGAUGAAUACUUACGCAAACUUUUACAUUAUUUAUUUGUAAAUAAUUUUGAAGACUAUAUUGAUUUUUGGGCCCACUUCAAUAUUAUGGGAUAUUUUGUAUGGAUUCAUGACAUAUAAUCCCAAUUAAGCCCAUUUGAAUACCAGGUUGUAACACUACUAACUGUGGAAAAGUUCGGGAGGGUGAAUACUUAGGAAAAGCACUCUAUGUGCAUCUGUCAUUGUCACUGUCUAAUCCUGGUGCCUUUUGCCUAUCCACCUCAACAAUGUCAACUGUUUCCUUAGUUUGUGGAUUAAUAAUGAUAAACAUGAUGAAACAUUACUGAAUUUGUUUUUGUUUGUUGGUUGGUUUUUGAUCAUAGAAGUGAUCAGUUUGGCUCUAGUGUUCUGGAGGUAAAACCAAAAAGAACCCAUAAUUGUGAAGAUGUAGGGUUGAAUGUGGGCUUUCAGCUCUAUGUCAUUUCCUGUUUACUGAUGCCUCAGAGCCCCUGUACUUGACUAAUUACCUUUAAGGUAAGAAAAAAAAAAGGUAAGACAGAGGUAGCACUUAGUCUUAAGCAGACAGACAGUCAUAAUGCCUGAAUAAUACAGUCAUGAGCAUGACGAGCAGAGGCUAUACAAGUAAGAUUUCAGCAAGUACAAAUGAUGGUCUUUUUGAUUUUUCACCAAAUCUUAUGACUUGUAUAACAAAACCUAUAAGUUGUAAAAUUGACUAUGUUAUAAGGGCAUAAUGACUGGUGCAGAUAAAGUGCUACCAAAAUCCUGCUAAAGGUUGUUGCACUACUGCUUUCCUGAUUUGGAAAGGGCUGCUUUUUCGCAGAGUAACAGUAAGUUUAGAUACAUAAGAGAGACGCGCUAAAGAAGUAAUAAAUUGAUGGAGUCAAAAUGAUUUGAUGCAUUUAGAACGCUUCUUAGCUUAUUUAUUCUUCAGUGCAUUCUUUAUUUUUUUUUUUCCCAUGACAACGAUGUUCAGAUAGAUUUUUUUUAAAAACUGUCGAACAUGCAUUUGUAAUGUGUGGAAGGACUCUGUAUUUUAUAUAUGCAUAUGCAAAUUUUAACAACUCAUUAAUAACGCCUAUUCCUUGGACUGAAUGCUCUGUUUCAAGGGCCUAACCAUCACUGUGAUCACAAUCCUCAUCCUAACGCACUGUAAUACAUAGCCUGGCCCUAAACGUAUGUUAUUUUGACAAACAUUGUCACAGGCUUUUAUUUUACUGUUAUUUAUAAAGUGUCUCAUGUAUGAGAAUUUGAGUCAUCCUGAAGCCAUCACUUAAGGAAGGAUAUUGUACAAUCGUGCUGAAAAACGAAAAAUGAUAAAUAUGUGUAAAACAAUACACCUAUUUAACAUAAAAGUGCAACAGACUAUGGGCAUCGAUGUGGGAAAUGUCUAUGGUGUGUAUGCCCUUACAUUAGUUAAACUGUUUUAUGUGUAAGAGGAAACCAGGGCUAAGUAGGUAUGAUCAUAGUGAAAUAUUUCUUAUGAUUUCAGAUGAAUAAAAAUUUGUAUAAGCCACUUUGUUUGACAAGCUAUGAAUGUUUACGCUUACGAUGAAGUACAGGAUUUGUGGUUGUAGCUUUUCUUACAACAUUCGUGUGAGAUCCAACAAAAUCCUCACACGUCCGCACAAUUCUUAUCAAUUUUGAAUUUGAGAAUGUGUUCAUUCAGCUACUGCCUUAAGCUUCAACACUCUACAUGCGCGCACACACAAACACUGCUAUCAUUAAAAAGUCUAAAACCAUCUACACAUUUAGACAGGAAGAGAGGGAAAUCCAGAGUAAGUCCACUCCAUUUCAGUUAGGUCAAAGCUUUGGAGCGAUGUUUCUCCAUCUUGUUCUUGCAGUACCCAGCCACUUCACAUUUUAAUGUUUUCUGAGCUCUAAUGCACCCAUUUAGACUUCAAGAGUGCUUUUAUAAGGCUUUUAUAUUCCAGAUUAUAAGAUGAAUCAGGUGUGUUGAGAGCAGGGAAAACACUAAAUUGUGCUCUGCAGAGAUACUAGAGGACCAGGAUUGGUAUUCCAUUGCAUCACCAUUGCAACAGCAACCCUAUAGAGAUCUUCCUGCAGAGUCGCCUUCUGAAACAUUGAGUAGUUCUACCAGGUUUGUCAUAUUAAGGUUGGAAAUAAAGAUUUGAAUGAAGAUCAUUGAUAUUGCAUCAGUACACCACCAAGAUAGUCUUUCACUGCUGUUUAGUCUGCGUCUUCUGUACUUGCAUAAUGCAAUUUCCUAUCUUACUUAUAUUUAUUAUAAUACUUAAAAAAAUUGGUCCACCUCCUCUGGUACAAUGACUAAUUCAGAGUUCUGAAAAGUUCAGAGGUUCCCAAAUGUUUACAACUUGCAUCCCACAAGACAGGACAGAACCGACCUGACUAUUAAAAAUGCAAUUACAGACAACUGUAACACAAUCAACAUUGGUGAAUAGAGAAAAUAUACGCAGCCUGCAAUGCAGCAUCAGGUCGUAUUGAAUAGGGAAUGAUCUGCCCAAUCAGCUUUUCAUAAAACAUUGGAAAUUUGCACUGUAAACAUAUGAAUGUCAAACUCAGUCGUACUAAAAUGGAGUAACAUUAAAUUAAACGAUUUCAGAUAUUUUCAAAAAUGCAUUCUCUCAUUAGGCUGUGUCAAAACAGUGUGCUGCCUUUAGUAAUAAAAUGUAGUGUGUACUGUCUGUGGCAGCCAUUAGACAGACCAUGACUAGGGCUUUGGCUGGUUUUUAGCAAUUAGGACACGUGCUACUGCUAUUUAUCGCAGUCUUAUUCUGUUAAUACAGUGAAGAAGAAAGCAAUCCUAUAUUACUUACCGUACACAGAAAUUUCAUAGUCCUGUAAAGUGGCACACACAACCCCUUUAUUUCAUACCGUAAGAGUGCACUUAUAUCGGUUCCCCAUUUGGGAUUGAGCACAGGACUAAAUAUGCGUGGAAAUGGUGCUGUUUCCAAAAUACACCCAGCAGCAGGCUUUAGGCUAAUUGGAUAAUGGCUCUUACUGAAAUAAACAGAACAAGUAAUGGACUUUAAUUUUCCUCUUCCACGAGGAGCGCAAAUAUUGCUGAAAUUAAAUAAUAAAGCAAUGUUUACGCAAGACCUAAGUGUUAUUUAAAUGAAAUUUCAUAGGUUUGUAGUUUCUUAGCAUUUAGGCAAUACGGUUGACCAUUGAAUGAUAAAUUGGAAUUCCAAUGUUUCUGUACCAAAUAUUUUUGGUUGACUGAUAAUAGAUUGAACUCCCAGUUUCAGUGCUCACAUAUAUCGAUGAAUGAUAUUGAUAUAAAUGUCAUCCCCCCCACCCCCAAUUUGCUGUGUGAAUAUUUGUAUACUGUACAAAGACUUAAUAAAAAAUGUGGUUUAACACUCAUCAAUAAAGAGCUAAGCUAUUAGACUA